AUGUCGACUAAUGUAUUCGACCACUUCAUUACAGUAACUGGUAUCAAGCAGAUCGUGAAUGACGCAUCACCCUCGGCCAUUAUCGUUACGUUCUCCAUCGUUCUUGCGCCCUUGCUGGCUCUCCUUAUACUCGCCCUCAGCCAACGCCCUAGCCAUAUCCCACCUCCCGCGGGAUGUCGCAAACUCGGCCUUCAAGGACGAAGCAACCUUGAAGAUCAGUACUCUAAGAAAUAUGCCAAAGGAGCCGACCCCACUCCAGCAAAACCAUGGACUGUGAAGGCGCUUUUUAUCUACCCGCUAAAGUCCUGCGCACCUGUUGAGCUAGAAAAAAGCGAAAUCGUUCGUACAGGAUUGUCAUAUGACCGCCAAUUUGCUUUGGGUCAUUAUGUCACGAGUCUGCCCUCGACAGAAGGCAAAGUCACAAGCGAAUGGCACUUCAUGACGCAGCGCAAAUAUCCGCGCCUUGCCAAAGUUGAGACAGAGAUUUGGGUUCCCGAUCCAUCAGCAAAAGGCUAUCAAGAAGACGGGGAAUGGGUAAAGAGCGAGGGCUGUCUUGUAGUCCGCUUCCCCUUCUCCCCGGAUACCGAUUUUACCGUGGAAGGCCUCCUGAACUACGGCAAGAUCCUCGCAGCAAAGUUGGCGAGAAAGGCAGAGCCUAUGCUAGAAUUCAGGGUUCCGUUCAAUCCGCAGAGCAGCAGGAUUAAGAGCAAGGGAUACAAAAACGAGGUUCUGCGCAUCUGGAAAGAUAAUCCGGUAGCGUUGAAUAUGAGUUCAGAGGUCGAUCCGGAGAUUCUGUCGAAGUUGGGGUAUACUCUAGGGACUACAAAUCCCAUUGCGCUAUUCAGAAUCGACACGAAUAAAUAUCGGGAGGUGCACAAGUGUGCGCCCAAGGUUGAGGAUGUGGGUUUCCAGACCGUCAUUGGAAUGCAGGAUUCGUAUCCUAUCCACAUCAUAAAUCUCGCCUCGGUCCAUCACGUAGCAGAGAAUCUUCCAGGCCUUACCAAGAGCGAAUACGCUUGGCAGAACUACCAUACACUCCUCAAUGCCCUGCGUUUCCGCGCAAACAUAUAUAUCACUGGCCCACCAGCUUUCCACGAGGAUAAUUGGACAAAAGCAAAAACUGUCUCGCCUGCUAACUCAACCCCAACCACAUACCACAUCUCCUGUCGCACAACCCGCUGCAAACUACCAAACGUCGACCCAGAGACUGGCAUCGCUGAUCGCAACGAGCCCAUGACCACGAUGCGCAAGUAUAGGGUCAUUGAUGAGGGGAGUAAGAGCGCAUGUCUUGGUAUGCAGGUCACGCCGUUAGGAGAUGGAGAGGUAAAAGUUGGGGAUAGUAUUGAGGUGCUAGAAACUGGGAAGCAUUUCUUUUUGGGUGGGGAAGGGAGCAAAGUCGACGGGUGA